AUGGCAACAAACCAGGCGGCGCGCGUACGCGCACGCGCAGAGCCGGCCACGCGCUCGAGACCUGCGGUGGCCCCGGGGUUGGGGGAAACGCGCUGUGUGGAGUUUAACGCGGGAGGCCGUUGGGUGAGAUGCCUCAGUGGCCGCGCUCGCCCAGCGCCCUGGUCUCGCUUGGUGUCCCGUCCAACUCUACAGUUCUGCUGUUCUGCAACCCUUCCUAAUCCAGCACAAGGCAUCCUUUUUCGGGGUGGGGAAUGCGGAGUACAGUGUACGUAAAGCACAUUUGAUUCAUAUCCCACCCAUCACACGAAGAAUCCUGGAACUAGUUCUCUAAGGGUGCUGGGGAUUGUAGCUCUGCGAGGUAUCCCCAUAAUUUUAAAGCACAUGACAACCCCUCCCGCCCCACAAUAAUCCUGGCAACUGUAGUUUCCCCUCUCAGAGCUACAAUUUCCAGCACCCUUGCAGCUCCCAUAGGUCUUCGGGGCGGGGGUGGCAUGUGCUUUAAAUUUAUGGUGUGUACUCAACCUAGAUCAGAUGACAUGGUGCUUAAGCCGUGUAAUUUGCUGCAUGUGGUUUAGGCCUUCCUUAUCAAGACUUUUCUGUUCUGGGCUGCUUUUGUCUUGUAUCAGACUGAUCAUGUUUUUAUGUGGCAAACUUUGUUAUUUUUUACUGUUUGUGGGCCAUGUUUCUAUUUUAUACUUGUGUGUUUUAUAUGACUGUUUUAUUAUGAGAUCAUGGUGAUAUUUCUCAUUAUUGGAAGCCACCCAGAGUAAAUGCUUAUGAAUUAAAGGGCAUGAUAUAAAUUCUUGAAUUAAAAAAAAUGUAACUGAAUGAGGCUGGUGGUUUCUGAUUAAUGUGCUGUCAGACCUAGGAAGGAGGAGAGAAACCUCAGGAAACAAAUGAUUGUGGCAGCAAUUUCCCCUCCUGUUUGCAAGGAGGAUAUUGGCUGGGUCAAAAUGCUUCUUGCAGUCCUUAACAGAGUACUUGUGGUUGACCAUAAGUGAUUGUUGGUAGACCUGGAUAGAACUGAAAUAUUCUUCUCAGUUGUCCAGGACAUUUAUCCUGGGUAUAGGAAGUAUAUAAUCUUAUACUUUUCAGGCUUGUUGAAUACUUUCUGUGUGAGGACAUCCCAACUUCUCUGCUCUGCAUUCUAGAGUGCAAGUAGCCCUUCUUGCUGUGAUAGGCUAUCAGCAACAGGGAAAAGUUGGAAUGGGUAAAAUAUUUUUAAAACUGAAACAACUAUCUUUGCAUUAUCAUGGUUAAAUAUGUAGAGCAAAAUGAAAUAGUUACAGACAGUUACUUUGAUUCUUUUCAAAACAAAGUAGUACAGAAUUAAUGGUUGAUUGAGCUACUGUGCUUCUUAACAAAAAAAAAGUGAUUAGGCAUCAUUGAAAAUAUGCAGGUUCCAAAGGUCUUCCAAAGACAAUGCAAUCGAUAAAUAUAUAUAUAUAUAUAUUUGGAAAUAUGACAAGAGAUUUCCUAUGCAGCAGGGUCAUUGCAUACACAGUGUUCAUGCAGCAAGAUCUUAUACAUGUUUACUCUGAAACAAAUCAGACUGAACUCAGUGAAACCCACUUCUGAGUAAGGUCUCCAUAGGUCUGCAGCUUUUAAUGAUAAAGACCAGAUAAGACCUCCUUUUAUUUGCGAAAAUGGAGAUUGCUUUGGAAAAUGAGUUUAAAACUAGGGUUGCAGAUCUAAGUACAUUUUCUAGGAAGUAAGACAAUGGAGUAACCUCUGAGUAAACAUGGAUAAAUUCAUGCUGCAGCUGACUCUUAGGACAUGAGUUUUCACAUGCAAUAUGUUGCUUCAACAGAUAGAUUGGGACCAACUAUUGGGUUGCAGGCUGACCUAAGAUGGGUUGGGUUACAACAGCAGCUCCAUUAAUAUUCAAAUGUAUGGUUAAAAAAAAGGGGUGGAUUUCCAACUGCAUGUUUUGAGUAAACACUUAUCCAGGGUAUAUUCAUGAAGUUGUCUGAAAAAGUGGGAGGUAUCUACAGCCAUAAGUAGAUGUGGAGGGGAAAGAGCAUGUGUGAAGCCUUAUUUGUCUCUCAUAUUACUUUCCAAGAAACAAAUACUGAGAACAAGUUUCCAUCCUGCUUGGAAUGGGUGCCAUAGUUGGACCAGUCCCCAAAAUGAGCUUGCUUGUGGCUCUGUAAUACCUGCCGUGUUCCUAACUUCAAUACAUUAUACAACUCAGUAAUAUAGGCAGAUGUGACUGUCUAUCACAUCAGGAUUAUGGUAAUGAUAUUUAUUGCCAACCCUUCACUAGUAGUUUCCAGAGUAAGUUACAACAAAAUGAAAUUAAAAACAGCAGAUUUCAGUCACAGGAAUAGGGUGAGCCUUGCAAUCACUCAUCUCAGGUGUUAAAGGCCAAGGAAAGAGGUGCAUCUUGAGGAUUUGCCAAAAGCUGCAUAGUGAAGAAGCCAGAUGCAUCUCUAUGGGGAGGGAAUUCCAUAAUUUGGGGAGAAUGUCCUCUCCCUUUCGACUCUUUGUCGCUACAACUUUUGGAUCAAAGGAAAGUAGAAAUGCCAUAGCGAUAGCCAGUGAAGGGCCCAUCUGUCUUCCUAUAAAACAUACUGUUCCACACCACCCCAAUCUCUGAUUCCAUGGGUUCCAGGGACUUACUCAGGGUUCAUGUUUCCUUUUGGAAAUGAGGCACAGCGGAGACUGUGGUGUCUUUAUGAUAUAUAAUUUAUUCAACCUGAGCUUGCAAUUGGGGUUGGGGGGAGGUUCACAACACUAACUCCCUAAAAGGAUCUUGUUUCUCCCAUAGCCAAACCUUGGAUUCAGGAAGAGAUCCAGCAUGGUUCUCUGUCUGCUUGCUGCUUUGCUUCUAGGUCACAUCACUGCAUACCCAUCUCUAUCAGGCUUUGUCCUUCUAACUAACCACAAGCUGGGAGAAGGGCCCCACCCAUUUGCUAUCUCACACACAGCCUCUUUCCUUUGUUUACUUUAAUGGCCUAUCACCCAGGCUAUCAUCUCAACACAGGAAACUGGUGUGGCUUAUAUUUUAACACUUUCUGGAUCCAUGUUAGAAGGAUCUUGCAUGCAGCCUACUCCCUCCCUCCUCAAACUCAUACCAAUACGAAAGGAACAGUUCCUGCAGAUACAGUGGUACCUCGCAAGACGAAUGCCUCGCAAGAUGAAAAACUCGCAAGACGAAAGAGUUUUUCGGUUUUUGAGUUGCUUCGUAAGACGAAUUUCCCUAUGGGCUUGCUUCGCAAGACGAAAAACGAAAAAAACGAAAACGUCUUGCAAGUUUGUUUCCUUUUUCUUAAAACCGUUAAUACCCAGGGUGACUUCGAGGAGCAACUCAUAGCACGCGGUGUGGUAGCCUUUUUUGAGGUUUUUGAAGACUUUGGUGAUGUUGAAGACUUUGGGAAACCGUGCUUCGCAAGACGAAAAAUCUCUCAGAACAAAUUAAUUUCGUCUUGCGAGGCACCACUGUAUAGUCAAUGGGACUAUAUCAGCAAGUCCAUAUAAUCUAUGCAUAGAUUACAAGCCAUGCACAGAGUUGGUCACAGCUCUCUGUUAGUUCAUUCUGGAAGAAUCUGGGCAAUUGCCCAUGGUGCCCCUACUAAUGGUGUGAGAGGAAAAUAAGACAAGCCUGUUUUUCAUAGCCUGCCAUGGCCUUUGGAGUGUCUCAGAGAUGUGGGAAGUAGGAUGAGGCAAUCUGUUUACAUAGGCCUGGAGUCCAGUCGUCAGAAGUUUCAAUGCUCUGUUCAAUACUGUAAAUUUAGAGGGAAUGUUUACAUUUUUUCCUGCAUAUAUGCUCUAGUGAAGUCUUGCCUUCAAGAGUGCCCUGACAUGUUUGCAAUUCCCUUUAUGGCAAUCUUCUGCAAGCUUCUAUCUCCAUUUUAUUUAUAUUUCUGUUGCCAGAUAAUUCAUAGUUUUCAAUUCCAUGGUGAUAUUUCUUGUCUUCUGUAUGCACAAACUGUCUUUCCAUCCAGCAGUGCAUUGAUUUACAAUUUUCCCCUCCUUUGAGAACAUAGCUUGCAUUAUCAGAAUUAGCAAAAGUGACUCAACCAAACAAGCUCACUGCCUGUACAGAUUAUUUUUGAGAAGUAUGUAAUAGAGGACAAGAACGAUGCGAGGUGGCGUGGGGUGGUGUAAUUGGAAUGGCAUCUCUUCAGGACACAAACACAAAACCAAGUAAACAAAAAAUUUGAAUUAACAACCACCACCACCACCACCAAAAGCUGAUUAAAUUCAAGCAGUGUGUGAUGAAUUCAUAAAAUCAAUUUAGUGUUAUGAGUUAGGCACAUUGGGCAUAUUUUAAACUGUCUUGUUUAUUUAUCAUUCAAUAAUAGGUAGAAUACUUUCAGAUAUAUGUUAAAGUUACAUUAUAUAUGAAUUGGUUAUCAUUUAUCUAGCUGUCUAUGUGUGGCUGCAGUUAGAGCCUCUGAUCAAUAUUGCAUUCAAUUUUUUAAAAAACAUAUUCUCUGUUGUCCCCUAUUCAUAAAAUGUUAAAUUCUGGGAUUACGCAGGGAUAGAGAGCAACAAGGUUAUUGUAUAGGGUAGCUGUUAGUUACCUGUGUGCAGAAUAAUGGCUUAAUAAGGGGGUGACCCCUAAUGAAAAUCACAUUCUGUUCUUCUUCCUGCCUUGUGAUUCUACAAUAUCACAGUCUGAGAAGAAAAAGGGAAAGGAAUGUGGCAGAAUGCAAAAUGAAACAGAAGCUUGCAACAAUUUGUACUGUAAACAUCAACUUUGCCAAGGCACUUAAGGUUGCUAAGUGAUAAUAAAGCACUCUCCAAUCACAGAGGUGCAGAAUCCAAGCACACCAUGAUAAGGAACUUGUUUUUAACAUUUCUCCUACUAAACAAAUAUGUGGGUGUUCAGUGGUAUGCAUCUGUUUGGGUGCUUUGCUUGAGAAAUUUUAGGGAGGGACUGGCUUCAUGGCUUGGCAAACACCUUCAUUAGACCAUCUAGAAACAAAAAUACUUGUUUGUUUUGUCCCUGCAUGUGCCUGAAUUUGCAAAUUAAUACUGGGUGCAGCCUGCCAAGCACCUCUUUCAUUUCAGCACAGCCUCGUGCAGAAUCCUUGCACAAACCUCGUAAGAUCAAUAGGAUUGUGCAGAAUCAGAGCUGGCAGAUUGGGAAUGGUGAGGGCACAGGACAGGCGCUCAGGAAUUGUUUCCUCUCCCACUGGGUUGCCAACUGACUGGGAUGGGGCCAAACCUGGUCUGACUUGGCAUUGUGCCUUUAACAACAGCUUGGGGGGCUUUUCAUGGCACAGACUAAAGCACUGCCACCUAAUCAAGGUCGGCACAUCAGGUUCCUGUUAAAGGCAGUAAGGCACUAGAGCAGAUGCUGACAGAACGAGUUGGCAACCCUGCUUGGAACAUAUUGCAGCCCAUCAGGUCUGUGUAUCUGUCUGCUUACGUGGUGUGAAGAAGAGAAAAAUAGAGAAGGAACAGGAAAUAUUUUUGCUUCUUCCCUCCCAGGAGAGGAGGGGAAAGGACAUCACACAGAGCCUUCUCCACCAAUUACAGUACAUUUCUGUGGUCUCAGUUGGCUUAUCAGCAAUACGGCUCUAUGGUCUUAACCCUUACACAUUUUAACUAGGAAGAAUAUGCAUUGUUAGAUUUGACUCUAUAUCUCCCACAAAUGUCUCCAUUUUUCACAUCCAGCUUGUGAAAUAUUGGUGUGUGAGAGAGAAAUUAGAUAUAUAAUCAAAAGAGGAAAAUAAAACACUGUUUUUAAUACUAUAUAAACCUACAGGUUUCAGAUGUAUGUAUAUCACUUAGUUUUUUACCCCCCCCUUUAAAAAACAAAAACAAAAAACCUACCACUAAACCUAACUUCAGCGGAGAAAUUACCAUGUGAAGGGGUGGAGGCAAGUGGGACUGAGUAUACUAACGCUUGCCCAAUCCACCCCUGUUUUCAUCACCUUUUGCAGGUUGGAAGGAAAAUGUUUGGAGUGGGGGAGGAGGCUCUGUGGAGGCUCCUUGUACAUUUUGGAACCCCUUUCUCUGGUAUCUAAUUGCCCCUCAUUGCUAAAAUAUGAAAUAUGCAUCAACUGAAAGAGAGACGGAUUUACAUAUUCUAAAGUAAACAGGCAACUCCACACUCGUGUGCAUUUGAGUCACGUAUGACUAUGCACAUGCUCACAUUGAAGUAGGACCUGGGAGACCAGGGUUCAAAUCCCCACUCAGCCACGAGUCUCAGUGGGUGACCUUGGGUCAGUCACUUGCUCUCGGCUUAAUCUACCUCACAGGGUUGUUGUGGGGAUUAAUUGAGGAGGGGGAGAACCAUACGCACAAUCUUGAACUCCUUGUGGGGAGGGGGAAAGGUGGGAUAUAAAUGCAAAUAAAUAAUUUGACUUAGACUGACCAGCCCUUCAGAUAAAAAAGUUCUUCAAAGAGAUGACUGUUCUCUGACAGCUCUUCAAAAUAGAGGACUGUCCUCUGUAAAGUGGAAGGCUCUGCAGAUAGAAAGAUAACAUCUGUAGGCAUUUAGAUUCACACAGUGGGACGUUAAUACUAAAUGGUGUUAAGCCUUUCUCUGUUGUGUCAGGUAUGUAUGUCUAUUUUCUUUAAUGUUUCCCCCUUCACAUGCUGAGAUAGAAGAGAAGAAGAGUUCGGAUUUGAUACCCCGCCUUUCACUCCCCUUCAGGAGUCUCAAAGCGGCUAACAGUCUCCUUUCCCUUCCUCCCCCACAACAAACACUCCUUGAGGUGAGUGGGGCUGAGAGACUUCAGAGAAGUGUGACUGGCCCAAGGUCACCCAGCAGCUGCAUGUGGAGGAGCGGAGACGCGAACCCGGUCCCCCAGAUUACGAGACUACCGCUCUUAACCACUACACCACACUGGCUCUCAGUUAGUGCUUCUUCUUUUCUUUUUUUUAAAAAUCAGUUAGUGCUUCUCAGAUGUUUCCUUUGAUGAUCUGUUAAGCAACCUGAAUUAUAAUAAAUCCUUAAAGUCGGCAAUCAAUAAACAAGUUCAUAAUGAUGAAUCACAGUAUGUUGCUUUUGUGGUAUUUAGGUUACAAGCUUAGAGAUGAAAGAGACUUGCUGUGCGGGUGUUUCUAGAUAGUUGUGUGCAUUGAAGCACUCAUUCCGCACAAUUAUGUAUCUGUUACCUUGGCUCUUAAACUUUGAAAACACAAACUUGCAUAAAAUAAUAAAAAAAUACAUUCACCUAAUUCAUUCUGUGAGUAAACAGAAGCCCAGGGAGUGGGGGAGAAGACAUGCAUUGUUGACUUUCAUUCUCUUAUGUACACUUUUAAAAAUUUAGUUUAAAAAAAGCAGCAAGUACAAUCACUUCACUAAGGUUGUCAUCUCCCCUCUCCUGCAACUGGCCUCACAUGUGUUUAACAAUUAAAUUCAAUAGUUAAAGCCUUCCUAAGAAGAAUAUUCCCUUGAAGAAAAAGCACUGUACCAGCUACAUUUUCUGCCCCCAGAUGUUGGAUUACAACUCCCGUUAUCCCUGAUCAUUAGUCUUCCUGGCUCGGGCUAAAUGUGAGUUGUACUUCAACCACAGCUGGAGGGCAUCACAUUGGGCAUCCCUGAAGUCUAGUUGUAUUAGGGGGAGGGGCAACAUCUCAGUGGUAGAGCACAUGCUUUGCAUGCAAAAAGUGCAUAACCCCUCCAUAUCCAUGUAGAGAUGGAAAAGACCAUUGCCUGAAACCCUAGAGUGUGUUGUCUAUCAGUAGAUGAUACUGAGCCAGAUGGACUAUGUUCUGACUCAGUAGAACGCAACUUCCCAGCUUCCUAAUCAUACGUUACCGUUCAGAAAUGAAACGUCAGUGGCUUGUAAUUCAAAGAUGCUACGCAUUUGUUGUCAUUCUGAACAUGUUGCUACCAUUAAGUAACAAACAAUAAAUUAAUUGCUCAUGUCACCUUUCCAAUGCUGACUGACUGUGUUCUAAUUCCAUCUAGGUGGAGAUGAAAAAGAAGAUUGCUUUGUUCUUGAAGGCAGCUGCAGCUACUCACCUCCCAAAGGUCCAAGUGGGGAAGAAAAACUCUCUGAUGUAAACAAUCAAGACAAACAGAGGUUGGUGAUUACAUUUUCUGCUGCCCAGGUGAAAGAUGUGUAGGGUCCUUUGUGCUAUUGGGAGGAAUUCAGAUGGAAAGAGGUCAAUCAGCACAAGAAGAACCCUCAUGCAGUUGAUAAGUUUGAUUAUGCACAAACCUGCAAUCACAAAGCAAUGACUGAUGUUUGACAUUCUUCAGUGGCUGCUCCUUCAGCAAUUUGCCAUAAGGCAUUUUCACUCAAACAAGGCAGAUUCAAACUUUCAAAAUACCAGUGAGCAAGGAACACCUGGAGGCAGAACCAGGUAGGUUUCCUUUAUGUUGCAACUGGGCAUAAUCUAGCUUCUCUCAGUAACUGAGAGAACUGUUUGCAUCCCAGGAGAUAAUCAGACUGAAUUCUUACAGCUGCUUAGAUGCAUUUACUCUUUUGACUGGUGAAAGGGGGACAGAUUGACAUUGCAGCUUUUAAUAUACUAACCUGUUCUCUCUCAAAAAAAGUUCUUUUGCCAUUAUUUUAACGUUCAACCUUAUUUUACAGGACUAAACUUUAAAUCCCCAUGCAACCACUUUUCUCAACCUCUAUCUCUGCAGGUGGGGGGCCCAUGCCCUGUAUUCUCUAGUGAUAUAUUAUCUGAUAUAUUGUCUCUUAUGGUCCCCUGCAUUUGUUCCCACCUGCAGUUCUUACGUUUUGAUAAUUCAACGGUAAAUUAUACAUGUCAAAAAGUAAAGGAAGAUACUCAUAAGUCAAUAUUGCAUACAUUAUUUGUAUACAAAAAUAGUUUUAAAUAACGUAACUAAACAAAUAAAAAAAAUUGACUAAAGGUUAAUAAAUAUAGGUGUACAGUUAAAGUAACAUUUCACUAUGUUUUCUGUGCUGUGUGUGGCAGGGGUAUUGUUUUCAUUUGGUACUAUGUUAUAUGUUUUGUGAAAUUGUAUUGUAAACUGCCCCGUGAUCCUCUGAUGAAGAGUGGUAUAAAAAUUUAGUUAACAACAACAACAACAACAACAACAACAGC